AUGUCUGCUGGAGCCGUUGCUGCUGACACCACCACCGCAGCCGGUGAUAACCCCUAUGCCACUUUCCCUUCUGUACCAAAGACUGCUACAAUCAACGGUUUUGCCGACAGAAUUUACGCUUUGUUGCCAGAAUGUGCCAGGGACUGUGUUAGGGAGUCCACUGGUAGCACUCCAUGUCCCUACUGGGAUACUGGAUGUUUGUGUGUCAUGCCACAAUGGGGUGCUGCUGUUGCUCAGUGUUUCGUUGACAACUGUCAAGGAGACGAUGUUCAUGUCGCCACUUCGUUGGCCAUAUCUCAAUGUUCCUCUGCUGGUGUCUGGGAACCAUAUUGGAUGAUUCCUGCUUCUUUGUCUACGGCAUUGGACCAAGCUGCGGCCGCCGAAGCCACCACC